GCGGCGGCGGCGGAGACAGCCGGUCGCUCCACCGCGCGGGCGGCGCACACCUAACCCGCCGGCCCCGGCGCUCUGGCUCCCGGAAGCGGAAGGGGAGCGCAGCCCGGCUUGGGCGGUGGCGGCGGCGGGACUAGAGGAGGAGGAGGAGGCGGAGGGGGAAGAAGCGGAGGUGGAGGGGGAAGAGCCGCCGGCGGCCGCGAGAACAGCGGCGGGGAGAGGCGAGCCCCCCGCGCUGGUUCAUCUUUCCUUGUGGGUUGGCAGGCAGUCAUAGGACUGCAAAAUGGGUCUCCGGAUUCACUUUGUUGUUGACCCACAUGGUUGGUGCUGCAUGGGUUUGAUUGUCUUUGUCUGGUUAUACAACUUUGUUUUAAUUCCCAAAAUUGUCCUCUUUCCUCACUAUGAAGAAGGACAUAUUCCAGGCAUAUUAAUAAUAAUAUUCUAUGGCAUUGCCAUAUUUUGUCUGGUUGCCUUAGUGAGGGCCUCAAUAACUGAUCCAGGAAGACUCCCUGAGAACCCAAAGAUCCCACAUGGAGAAAGGGAGUUCUGGGAAUUGUGUAACAAGUGUAAUUUGAUGAGACCAAAGCGUUCCCAUCACUGCAGCCGCUGCGGCCACUGUGUUAGGAGAAUGGAUCAUCACUGUCCAUGGAUUAACAAUUGUGUUGGUGAAGAUAAUCAUUGGCUUUUUCUGCAGUUGUGUUUCUACACUGAACUUCUUACUUGCUACACACUGAUGUUUUCUUUCUUCCACUAUUAUUACUUUCUUCCACUAAAAAAGCGUAACUUGGACCUCUUUGUUGUUAGACAUGAAUUGGCCAUAAUGAGACUAGCUGCCUUUAUGGGCGUUACAAUGUUAGUUGGAAUAACUGGACUCUUUUAUACUCAACUAAUUGGCAUCAUCACAGAUACAACAUCUAUUGAAAAGAUGUCAAACUGUUGUGAAGAAAUAUCGAGGCCCCGAAAGCCAUGGCAGCAGACCUUCUCAGAAGUUUUUGGCACUCGUUGGAAGAUCCUGUGGUUUAUUCCUUUCAGGCAGAGGCAACCACUGCGAGUUCCCUACCACUUUGCCAAUCACGUCUAAACAGAUGGAUGGUGGGCACAGAUGGGUCCUCCAUGCUGGAAAUGCGUUACAGGUUUUCUGAUAAUAGAACUAUGACAGUCUUCAAGUCAAUUAAAAUCCACCCACCAAUCUUAGGCAUCAUAAUGUGCCCCAGGCUUUAUUUUAAUAGUGAUCUUGAUCCUGUUGUGGGACUAAUACAUGAUCUAUAUUUAAGUUUUAAAGCAUGUUUACUUUCAAAUUAGCUUUCCACAGGGAUUUCUUUAAAUGCUUUUGUUAUUAAACUCAAAAGGCAAUGAUUGGGAUGAAAUAAUUGUACAUAAUUUCUUUUAGUACUGACAGUGCUACAGAUUUUACUUUAUGGGAAAUUUCAGAUGUUUAUCUAAAUUUUUCACCCUUAAGCAGUACUAACCAAAUCUGAAUUUCAUUCUUUAGGUUUUAUAAAAGUUGAUACACCUUAUAUGUAAAUUUUCUUUUUCAAAUACAAUUUUAUGUUAUACUUCCUUUUAUAUGUGCUGCAAGAUUUUUUAAAAUGCAGCAUAUAGGAUUGAACAACAACAAAAAAAACAAAAACAGCAACAAAAAGGACAGUGUUUUCUUAGAAGUAGCUUUCUAAUGUUUUUCUUCUCUUCAUCAAAAACAAAAUUAAAACACCACUAAAGUAAAACACCAACUACCUACCUUAUUUUAAAGGAAAGAUUAAUUUUUUUUCACAUUAACUUUCCCAUUUCUUUCCCCUGUACUGUUGUAAUUAUUGGUUUUUGUUAAAAUAUUUGCUCCAAGGGGAAAUUUUUGACCAAACAGGCAUGUGUUCCUAUUUUACCCUAAGAUUUUUAUUAGCAAAAAGGGUAAAGAAUUUGCAAUAAUUCCACUGAUACCUUUUCUAGUGUAGUUAUGUUAGAAUGCAUAUGUUUUUAAAAUGCUAGUAUAACUAGAUAAUAUAUAAUGUAUAGUAUAAAGAAGAAUAUUGUGCUUUUAAAAAAAAAUGUGUACUUUUUACUUUUGUUUACCUACUAAUAGAUCUAAAAUUACACCGUGAAGGUAUUUAUAUAAUAGAUAUUGGCCAACUAAUAUUGAAAUUUUAUUUAUAGGAAGUUACUAGUAAAAGUAAGUAAUUUUGUGUACCUGUAAUCACCCAGAUUGAAAUUAAAUUUUAAUUGACCAACUAUAAUCUGGAUUGAGAGACCUUUUGUUAGUAGCCAAUGUUAGGAAAUGACCUUAAAAUGAGAAAAUAUAAUAAUCUAUAUUCAUUAUUAGCCUUAUACAAAUUUAAAUUGCUAAUUGUGAUGGUCUCUUGGAAAGCAUAGAAUAUUUGUGUGAGAAAAAAUUUAGCAUGGUUUGAAAAAAAUUCAGUUAAAAAUUUUUUUCCAUUAGAAUACUGCAAAAUCCAUAUAUCUUCAAAAAUUAAUUAUGUACUCAGCCUUUCCCUUGAAGAGAGGAUUGAAGGGGUAUCUAGUGUUCUUGGAGCAUAUCAAUAUUUUCUUCUUUUUGGUUAGUUUUGGUAGUAAGGAGUCAUACCUGAGAAAUCAUGAAACAGAAGGUUACCAUUGUCAGCUAGUUAACUCUACUGUGGUUAUUUUUUAGAAAUUAUAAAUAUCUCCUAAAAUAAUAGAGUAAGGUCUACUCAGAGAUACAAAUACCAUGUCUUUCAUGUUCUGAUUACAGUGCUUUAUUGUUUAAAAACUUAGUGGCAGAUGGAAAUAUUUAUUGGUGCUGAUAAGAUUCAUAGUAAAUUUAAUAUAAGAAGUAUAUUUAUAGAGCUUAAUGAACCACAAAAUUAGUACAUAUAUUCAUUCCAGGCAGAUGGGUUGGGUUUUGACCAAAUUUGGCCUGGUGACUGAACUGUUAUAAGGAGUAAUGUAUAGAUAAUGUAGAUAGAUGUCAGUCAGAUGCCUUAUGCUGUAUACAUUCCUUUCAAAUAAGGACAUUGAGAAAACAGCAGAGCCAAGUGAAGACCCCCUAAAGAGCUUUAUGUACGUAUUUAUACUUCAUAUGGUAGCAGUAGCUACCUUGAAAGGUACCAGGGAGGUACUCAGUGCCAACCUCUGCCUCAGUAAUGAGAAUCAAGAGGUGGUCUCUUUCCCACUCUAACGGUUUCUGGUUUUGGUUUUCUUAGGUUUCCCAGUUCUAGGGCACCUCUUCCCACCUUUCUCUUUACCUUCCCUGAUCCUGAUCCCUCUGUACCUGAUUUCUCUAAAUUACUGGAAUACAAACUAAUGCACUAGGCAAGGCAUAUAUUUAUUUUUGUUUGAAUGGCAGAAAUGCUACAUAUCAAUAUAUUUAUGUAGGAAUCUAUAUAAAGUAUAUCUAUUUAUACUUACGCUGUAACUUUCAGUAUUUCAAAGUUAGCACACCUAACUGGGUUUUAUGAUUCUUGUUAGACAACUUGAGAGCGAACACCUGGCACUUUCCUAGGGAGUCCAUAAACUCUAGUGUGCUCUCUGCUCCCUCUUUUGGCUAAUUGAUGUAAUUAUACUGGCUCUAGAGAUUUAUUGCCCAAGUGAAAUGUGUACCCAAAUUCUGAACAUUUCAGAGGUACAAACUUAAGGGAAGUCUAUGUACAAAAAUGUAAGGUUUUAUAAAAAUGAAUGUGUUCCUAUUUAUGAUUCUGAUGUCUGGUUCAUACAUAUAUGACUACUUUGCUUCAUUUAUGUAUAUUCAUAUUAUAUUUUUUACUAUCAGACAAAUUUAUAUCAGAUCAGGAUAAAUAAAUAUAAACCAUUUCAUGAAUUUUAUUUUGAACCUCAUUUUGGCAAAUUAAGUCCUUAGAAUUAAAAAGUCAUUACCUUAAAACUACCAAUUUAUUACAAAACAGAUUUAUCGUAGUUAAAAUGGCAAGCCAGUGUCUAAUGUGUUUUACUGAAUAUCUAAAAAAAUAUUCAGUUUUUUAAUCCCAGUUUUGGAAUGAUUUUUUUAACUGAUUCAAUUGCAUUAAAAUAAUAAGAGAUUAAUAAUUCUUUCUAUACUUCUCUUCAUUCUUUUUAACUUUCCUAUUGUGAGUUAGAGCUGUAGCUUUAGUAGCCAGUUUAUUAUAUAUUCUGGAUAACCAUGAAAAUAACUAAUGAUGUUGAGCGUUAGAAAAUAAUUAUGAGCAGUGAGAUUACUGAUGUAAUCUGUAUAUUGGAUGAAGUAUUUCCUUAUAAACAUUUCAUUUCAUUUUAAGCGAAAUGUAUUUUAAAGGAUGUUUUACAUUCAGCAAAGUCAUUAAUUGGACUUCUGGAAACGAAAGUAGUUGUUAAGUACUUGUUAUAAGUUGCACCUCUUGAACAAUUAUGUUUGUUGCUGUUCUUUUUUGCAAACAAAAAUGUUUAUGGGCUCAAGAUUGUAGGCAAAAAGUGACUGAGUUCAGAAUUUUAAAAAUAUUAAGUUAGCUAAUGUUCCAUUGUGAGAAAAAUGCUAUUCUGCUUCAGAGUUGUAUUAAAAAUAUUUGUGGUUAACAUAAGAGAUAGGUAUACUUAAAAUAUUAAUAUAUUAAUCUCUUUGAACAGAAGAAAGCAUAGUUUACUUUUGAGUAAUAGAAAUAGAGAACAUAAGCAUAAAGUUCAGUGUAACAGCUAAGUUAAAACUUCUGUCAGAAUGAACCUCAGUGAAUGUUUGCUAAUGAUUAGAGGUAUUUUUCUCUAAAGAUGGUGGCUAAUUAUAACUGUUCUUCAUCAGGCUUUUUCAAGUCACUUUCCUACAAAUAAUUAGUUGAAGGUGUGUCACCCAAAAGGGUGUAUUAAUGCUAAUCAUAGACUUGAGUUAGGACAACACCUCCACCCAGGAAGUAUGAAGUAGUUUUGAUUAUAACCACAUACCUUUCUAUGUGUUAGAUAAUGGAGCAGUUUGAAUGUUCUCACAUAUGUUGGUAUAAAAUCACAAUGUAUCCAGCUCUAGUUUACAAUGGUAUUAAUAUUAACAGAGCUGCUAGUCUUUCCCUGGACUUUAGUGUCUACUUCCCUUGUGCUUCAUGUAUGAAUAGACUACUUAGCUCAAGUUUACUAAACUAUUGCUGCUUCAUUAAAUAAGUUUUUGACAUGACCUCUAUAUAUGUAGAUAUAUCUAGAAUUUACUUGGUACAGUUUACACUUACAAACAUUAAAUAAUUUAUUAAUAGAUAUAAGUAUUAGAUUUUUUUACCCAAUUCUACUACUGUUGCUUUCAAAAAUAUAAGUACUGGCAAAUGUAGUUAGUAAGUCAUGUACGUUUAGUAUGUUCUACUUGCUAGUAUUAGUAACCAUAUAAUUAACAAAUGAAUGAGUGUAUUAUUUAAUGUCCACAUUUGUUACCUUCGAUCCUAAGAAUCCUCUGAAUUUCUCUGUAAAUCACAAAUUUCAUUAUGCUCUGAAUUUAGCCAUUCUCAAUUGAAUUCUAGAAUAUUCUUCAGCAGAAUGUGAGAAAGUAAUAGAACCAACUUGCUUGAAGUAUUUUGAACCAAUGUUGUUCUUCUGUACAUCAAUCUGUAUUUAACAUUUCAGCUGCAUUUAAGAUGAUGAUGGUUUAACUUCAGAAAGUGUUUUCUCUGAUGUCUCCUUUCAUUAUCAUUGUGCAAUUUUUAACAACAAAAUUUACUCCAUUUUUGUCUGUUCUUCAGAUGUUGUAAUACUGCCUGCUAGUGCUAAUUUGAAACAGAAAUAAUAAUGGUGUUUAUCCUUAUGUCAUUGGUAUUUUCGGUAUUUUCCAUUAUCAUUAUUUUUUUUACUAUUAUUAUUUCCUUUUUCCCUUGUCUACCAUAGAGGACAGGUACAAAUGAGUAGUGAGUAGCCAAAAUUGGAUAAAGAGAGUAUUAAGAUGGAGAGAAGGCUAGACAGAGCAUGUAUAAUCAGCAUCUCAGCAGCAGGGUUUACUGGAUACAGAAUCUGUGACGUCAGAGAAUUCCUCUGCUACAAUCAUUUUAACCUUAUCUCUUGUUGACACUGUUUCACUGUAAGAGUUGUUGAUGCAUGUAAGCGUUUAGUUGGAGUUAUUUUAUCCAAGGAGUGUAUAUUGCUGAUUCUUGUCAGCUAGUCAGAUACCUUUAAGAAAUUAUUUUGAAUUUUAAAUAUCGUAAGUGUACAGUGCAUGCUAACAUGAAGUGUCAAGAAUUAUGGGAAAGUACAGCUACUUAAUGCCAAGCAGAAAUGAAUAGGUUGCCCAAGGUUUGAUUGAAAAAGCUGGGACCUUUUUAUAAGUCUCCUCUUGCAGAGAAAGGAUAUACUAAGUAUUGUAGUAAGAUCUGUCAACAGAGGGAAAAUCAACAGUUUGUAUAUAAGGGGUAAUUUUCACUUUAAAAUUUGGACUAUUUCAGUUUUUCAUAUCUUGAGGGUCUCCGUAGCUAUUGGUAUUGUGAAUCCCUGUAACAUGUAAUAUGGUGCUUACCAUAGUUGUUCAACACUCUGAUCUUUUGGGUAUUGAUAGCUGUAUAUCUAAACAGAGAUAUGGACAAAACAGUAGCAACGAAAGGUGGUCUUUUUGUGGUUUUGCUUGUCUGUUGACUAAAUACAGGGUUUACCUGCGUAGGCUGUCAACUAAAGGGAGAGCUAGUCUGCAUAUUGCACGCUCGGUGUUCUUGCCAGGGUGUGUCGGGUGACAUUGGAACUACUGGUGCCUGAAGUUAGUGUUUCACAGCCUCAACAGCUAAGACAUCCUGGUGCUACUCACUUUAGCAUUGAGUGACAUUUUUAAUUCCCGUACCAAAGAGUUAAUUUUCUUUUUGGUUCACUGAGUUUUCUUCUCACAUCCUUGUGUUUAUAAAGUAGAAUUUAAUGUUGCUAAGAACAAUUUUGAUUAAUAGAUCUUAGUUUUUGCACACUGCUGCCUCAAUUUAAUUGGCUUUAAAUGUCUCUCACUUGGUCUGUUUUUUUCUUUUUUUUUUUUUUUACUUAGAAAGUAAAGUAAAAAAAGAGUCUUUUUUCUUUUUUACUUAAUAUGGUCUUUAAUUUUGUAUUUUCGUAUAGAUUGGCUACUUUAAAAAGUAGUUUAAUAGGUCGAACUUAAAAAGAUAAUUGAAACACUUUACACAAGAUUUUUUUGUUUUAUUCUGCAGGAAUAAAUGAGAAAUAAUAACUCUUAUUUCUACAGAUGAACUCUGUAGCUUGUUGGGCCUUUUUAAUAAAUGCUAAAGCAAAAUGCUAAAAGGAGAAGUUAAGGGCCCAUUCUGAUUACAGAUGAAGAAUUCUGCAUCUGUGUGUGUGUGUGUGUGUGUGUGCGUGUGUGUGUGUGUAAUCCUUAGUGGUAUUAAAGAAUGAUAAUUGCCAUUUGUCUGUUUUGCAAAUAAAGAUAAAAUUAAAUAACGUUUUAAAAAUAUACGCAUAUGUGAUAUAUGUAUGCACACACACACACACACACGCACACACACACUCUUGCCCAAGAGGAAAUGCAAAACUUUGAUUUAAAAGCAAAAUGAAAAUUGAACUUUACCAAAAAAAAAAAAAAAAAGCCUGGAUGUUGUUACUCACUUUACAUAAGUUAGAGUUAAGAGUAUUUUUAAAACUAAUUCUGCUUAGUGAUUCAUUUUACAAAAAAUGGGAGAGAACAUCCUUUAGAAGUAGUUGUCCAAAUGUAAUACUGCUAUGUGUACUAUCCUGGUUCCCUAUUUUUUUCCACAGACUUCUAAAACACUCAUUUAGUGUCCUUAAAAAAACCGUACCUGAAAUGAUUAAAAAUUUUGGCGAGAAGAUAACUGUGUGUAUGUAUUCAAAAAGUAGACAAUCACAUUUGAGAAUGUUUUGCAUAGUUUUCAAUCCACUAAAAUCAUUCUGUCUUUGAAUGUAGAUACAAUAUAUGGUUUUGCAGUGAAUUCUGAAUGGAAAAAAAUUAAGUCAAACUAGUGUGAGAUGUGACUUAGGAUCAUUUGAAUGAUAUGUAGAAAUACAGAUGUACAUAUUUUUAGGGGUAAAGACAAAAUUUAAAAGCAAAAUGGGAAGAGACAACAUUGUCUCUCUCUGUCAACAAUAUAUUUUCUAGAUUUUGUUGCGACAAUAUCAGUUCUGAGUUACUCAGCUUGUUUAUGUGUUACUUAAAUUAAUGUGGCUGAAUGCAGUUAUUUGUUCAAGUUAUUGGAUAGUAGAAGAUUCACAACUAUCUGCUGUCCUCCAGAGAUGAAUAUUAAAAAGAAAUAUCUACUUUAGCAUAGGUAGAAUAAAGCGACUAAAUGAUACAAUAGGAAGUAGUUUCUCCACAAUUGGAGAUACUCAGACAAAUAAGUCGCAGGUCUAAACUGGGGGAAUAGAAUAGGCUUUUGGGAGAACUGAGCUUAGAUGAUCUUGCUUGUAGGAGCUUUAUGCCCCUGCAAUUAGUCUUUUUAAAAUGUGACUGGCAAGUUUAAUGAAUAGGCAAAAUUUGUGAUAUUUCAAGGCUCCUAAAAUUUUGUGUCAACCUCAAAUGGUGUCUAAUAUUAUAUCCCUAAAAUAAAAACUUUUAUUUUAAUAGUGGUAUGUUCCAAGUGCCAUAUGACGAUCCUGUUUUUACAUUUAUCAGGCAUUUUUUCAUUCAGUGCAUAUGUUUAAAUCUGAGUGCUGUUUUGCUGCAUGUCUGUUUUACCUUGUCAGUUCCCCUAAGAGCAUUUAAAGAAAAAUCUUCACUGACAUUUCUUGUGCUAAAGGUAAUAAGGAAAAUGGUAGUUGAGGGAUAUGAGAAUAGAUUGAGAAGAGGGAGGAAAAAUGACAAGUGGGAGCCAUGUAUCUGAGAUAUACUUGUUUAAAUGAAAAGUCUACACUGGUUCUUAAAAUGAAAAACAAACCAUGUAUCUACCUUAAGAACGGUGUUUUGUUUUUAAUUUAUUUUAACGAUUUAGUUUUAUUCAUGUAAUAUUUCUGUUUUCUUUGCAGAUUGUUUUUAAUUUAAAUUGUGGAGUUUUUACUUCUCUUGAAAUGUAUUAUGUACUGUAUUUUUAGAAAUCUUAUUUUUAAAUAAAUAUUUUUUAAAAACAUAGGACUGUUCUUCUCCCCCACCUCUGUAUUUAUUAAAAUCAACCCAAAUUCUAGAUUUCAGCACUAUCAGUGUGGCAGGCCACUUUGUUUAGUUUUAUGCAAUUUGGAUAAUUAUUCAUACUUAGUAGCCUUAGGAUUUUGUUCUAUUAUAAUCUCAAAAUUGUUCAUAUAUUCAAGAAAAACUGGGUAUGCACAGUAGGGUUGAAAUUGACAAAUGCAGUAUUUCUAGUUAGGCAUAUUUAUUUAGAGAUGACCCAAUUGGCUAGAUUCAGUCACCCAGUUUAUUUAACAUUUAUUGUGCCAGACAGUAUUUUAUGGAAAUAUUUUUUCUUUGUGGAAUAAUUUACGUAAAAUAAGAUGCAGAGAGUAUAUAUCUAGGCAUUGUUUUAGAUCUAGGGGUAUUAAAUUACCUAGAGCCUUUGCUGUUAUGGAGUUAUAGUCUAAGAGUAUCUGGGUGGCUUUUUAUUGACAAAUUUCGUAAGUCUCAACUAAUUGCUUUACUUGUAUAUGCAAGAAGUGAGAACAGAGACGUUUAUAUUAGUGGGUAUAAAUUGGUCAAAAAUAUCUGAAAAGACAAAUCAGCAUGUCUUAGAAACAAUGAAGGUGUAGAAACUGAGAUUGAAAGAUAGGGGCUUAAGUUUAUUUUAAAAAUCCCUUCUUAAAUUUUUAUUACCGGAAAAGUAAUGUUGAUAAAUACUCUGAAUUAACAGAUAAGUUAAACGACUUGAUAGAGUUUCAGAUAAAACUAUAAACUUUGCUGCAUUGGUAAAUGAAAGCAAAUUGUUGCAUGCUGACAAACCUUAAAGGAUUAUAAAACUUUAUUCUUGUUCCUUUUUCAAUUUCCUUUGCUCUGAUUCAAAGCAGCAUUUAGAAUAAUUGUGCUUUCUCAGUGAUGAUAAAUUAUAAUUCUCAAGCUUUUUGGUCUCAGAACUCCUUUGUAUUCAUAAAAAUUAUUACAGGCCCCAAGGAGUUUUUGCUUAUGUAAAUAGUCUUUAUCAAUAUUGACUAUAUUAGAAAUUAAAACUGAGUAUUUUAAAUGUUUAUUUAUUAAUUCAUUUAAACAUACCAAUAAUAAACCUAUUGCAUGUUAACAUAAAUAAUGUAUUUUUAUUUAGAGAUCCAUGAUUUUACAUUUUUUUCAAAGUUCUAAUAUCUGCCUUUAUAAAAGAAAGUUGGAUCCUGAUACUCUUGUACACUCAAUCCGUUGCAUUGUUAUUUUGGCUGAAGUAUCUAGAAAAAUCUGGUUUCGUGCAAAUAAUGGAAUUGGAAAAAGGAAGAAUAUUUUAAUAGUCUUUUCAAGUGCCUGUGGAUAUUCUUUGAUAACAUAAAAAUCUCAACAAGUUAUGGUUUCUUAAAGUUUAGUUGCAUUGUAGAACCGGAAACAAUACCAAGGAACUUUUCCUACUCUGUUACAUUAAAAGCCAUUGGUCUCUUUUUUCACUUUGGAAAGUUCUCUUCACCCAUACAUGAUUUUGUGACAUCAUUCAUUAGUCAUUUGGAAACUAUUGGAAUAACACAGAUCUUCCAAGUGUUACACAUUUCAUUCGAUAAAAAUAAGAUAAAAUUAGAUUAAAUUAAAAAUUUAAAACUAAUAUUACCACUGAUUUGGUCAGAAAAGUAAGUACUAGAAAACUGUUAAGCUCAUAAUGACACAUUACAUUUUGUAAAAUCCUAAUUUUCAUGUAAAAGCUUGAGUUUUAUUAUUGGUAACCACAAUGUCAGUGAUUUUCCUUAAGGUGACAGGUUCACUUCACUCAUUUUGAGAAAAUGUUUGCCAGAUACCCAUGUCUGAAAAAUGAAAGUUUGCCAGUUAUUCUUUGAAGUAAAAAAUGAUGUUCCAUGAAAAAUGUGGCUAGUUCAGCUUGCAACUCAGUAGCACCAGUGCUUUUUUCCUCAGGAAUGAACAGUCAUACUUGGGAAUGCAGGUAAAGGGCUUCAUGUUUACUU